AUGAUGAUGCUGGUAAGCCCAGGCUCAGGGAUUAGAAGGCAGGUGUUUCCGAUCAAUUACGAAACAGAGGUUUCGCAACGGCUCAUCGACGCCGCUCAUAAUGGCGACACCAACGGUGCUUUGGAAUGCAUCGCCAAUCCUUUCGUCGACGUCAACUUCAUCGGAACGGUGAACCUUAAGUGCAGAACGACGGAGAUCGUGCUGCACGACCAGUCGCCUCAUGAAGUUCGAUUCGGAUACGAGGAGUUCAAGACGGAGGUCACUGCUCUGUUUCUUGCUGCUCAUACAGGGAAUUUGAUCCUACUUAGGAAGCUCCUGAAUGUUGGAGGUGAUGUGAAUGAGAGAUUGUUCCGGGGCUACGCCAUAACGGCGGCGGUGAGGGAAGGCCACCGUGAAGUUGUGGAAAUACUUAUUAACGCCGGAGCGUCUCAGGCGGCAUGUGAGGAAGCUCUCAUGGAAGCAAGCCUCUUGGAUUGGCCCAUAGCUGCUGAGCUGCUCAUGGAAUCCAACAUGAUACGUCCUCAUGUUGCUGUUCAUGCCCUUGUCUCUGCCUCUUGCCGAGGAUUCACGCAUCUUGUCCGUGUUCUCCUCAAGCAUGGGGUAGAUGCCAAUGCCAUUGACAGGACAUUGCUUCAAUCUUCAAAACCAUUUCUGCACGCUAAUGUUCAUUGCAAUGCACUGUUCGCUGCCGUUGUUAGCAGGCAAAUUGAUGUUGUGAGAUUGCUCUUGCAGGUAGGAAUAAGGACAGAUAUUGAGGCCAAACUAGGGGCUUGGGCAUGGGAAACUGAUACCGGAGAAGAAUUUCGUGUUGGUGCCGGAUUAGCCGAAGCAUACCCUAUAACUUGGUGUGCUGUGGAGUACUUUGAAGCAAGGGGAGCUAUAUUAAGCAUGCUGCUUCAUCACCUCUCACCCAACAUUUUACACUUUGGAAGGUCCCUUCUCCACCAUGCCAUUCUUUGUGAGAAUGAAAAGGCUGUGAAUGUGAUCCUAAAUUCUGGUGCAAACACAGAAUUGCCAGUGCACAAAAAGUUAUACGCUAUUCACUUGGCUGCACGGCUUGGAUCGUGCAACAUCCUUCGAUUCCUACUUGAUGCUGGUUGUAACUUCGACUCACAAACACAAUAUGGAGAUAGUGCAUUGAUGAUCUCUACAAGGCAUAAGCAUGAGGAUUGUCUUAAAGUGUUGGUAUCAGCAGGAGCUGAUUUGGGUCUUCUAAAUUCAUCUGGCCAGUCUGUGAUGUCAAUUGCAAGGUCUGUUAAGUGGAUGACCAUCUUCCAGAAAGCAAUCUUGGACUUGAUUCGAGGCGGAAAGGUAGUUAAAUCGAGCAAUGCGUCUGUGUUUUCGGCUUUAAUUUUUGCAACUCGUUCUGAUGAUGUUGAGGCUUUGAAGGAGCUUAUUGGACAGAGGAAUAUAAAUAUAGAUGAGCAAGAUGAAAAUGGAUUCUCAGCUGCCAUGAUAGCUGUAGCAGAAGGUAAAGCAGAGGCUUUCAGGUUGCUUCUUAAAGUUGGAGCUGAUGUCCUAAAGCUAAGAAACAAGCACAAUUUGACAGCCCUUGACCUUAUAAAUCAAAACAAAUCUGGGAAAGCUUUUGAGAAAAUAAUGCUUGAAUUUGCACUUGAAAAGGGGUUUAAUGAUGUCUCCAAUCUUGCAUUGAAUCCUUUGCAUCAUGCUGCUCGCCAUGGGGACACAAAUCUGGUUCAUAAAUUAAUCAAAAAAGGAUUUGAUGUCAACACUUUCAACAAUGAUGGAUACACCCCAUUAAUGUUAGCAGCAAGAGAAAGCCAAAGUGAUGAAAUGUGUAAGCUUUUAAUCUCUUGUGGUGCAAAAUGUGAUAUUGAGAAUGAGAGACACGAGACAGCUCUUUCACUUGCCAGAAAAAAUAGGGUAGGAAAUUAUGCAGAGCGUGUGAUAUUGGACGAGCUAGCUCGAAAACGAGUUCUAUGUGGGGCUCUUGUGAAGAAGCACACGAGGUGUGGGAAAGGGUCACCACACACUAAAGAAUUGAGAAUGGUGGAGAGUGGUGGAACACUACGAUGGGGAAAAUCAAGUGGAAGAAAUGUGGUAUGUAAAGCUGCUGAGAUUGGUGCAAGUGAUAAAUUCAGAUGGAAUCGCAGGAGGAAGUAUGAUGUUGAUGAGCCAGGAUUGUUCCAUGUAGUCACUACAAAAAACAAAGAGUUCCAUUUUGUGUGUGGUGGCGGAGUUGAAAUGGCUGAAUUGUGGGUAAGGGGUAUUAAAUUGGUCAGCACAGAAGCCAUCUUUGGAAGGAAUUAAAGAUAUUGAAAACUAUAUUGUUUAUAGAAGUUGUAGCCUGAGAUGUGGUAAGAGACAAAGUAGGAGAAAUACCAAUGUGUUUUGUAAAGUGGUAAACUAAUCAAUGGUGUUUGUAAA